CCCAGCGAGGCGAAGGCAGCUCGAAAGAUAUAAAAUUAUUCAAAAAAGAGAAACCCCAAGAACAAAGUGAACGAACUCAAAAAUACGAAAGAAAUACGUGUGCGAGACAACAACAAAGAACUACACAAAACUUGAUAAACACUCAUUGUGCCGAAGAGAAAGUCAUUGAGUCAUCUUGUGCAAUUCCAACUUUGAAAUAAAAUACAUAAAACAAAGCAUCGGAGUUAAGAAAAAUACAACAACAAUGGCAGUGGCAUUCUUCAUACCCGAUCAGGCGACUUUGCUGCGGAAGGCGGAGCAGGAGGAGCGGCAAAUCCUGCGUAUGCGGGAGUCCCAGUGGCGAUUCCUGGCCACCAUUGUCCUGGAAACGCUGCAGCAGUUCAGCCAGUGCCUGCCCAAGUCGGGCAGAAAAUCCGGAAAAUAUCGCAAGCCAUCGCAGUGAGGAGGAGGAGUAAACCCUAACUACAGCUACAGCGGAGAACUAUAGUCCAGUCCAAAAUCCAGAGUACAAAGGAAAUAAGCAUCAGCCAGCCCAAAAAAACCGAAAAUCAGUCAUCAUGCAACAGCCGACGGCAUUCGAUUUCUACUCUAAAUCAACCACAAACCCACCCAACCUUUAGUUUACUCAUCAAAGCGAUUGUGAUAAUGGUUUUGUUUCUACAAAAAUACUAAUUGAAAGAAAAAAUCUACAAAAAUUGCAAAAAACAAAAAAAUAUUUUACAAAAAUCUUUUAUAAAAAUCUCUUUGAAAAUGUCCCCAAAACUUUUGUACUUUUUUAAAGACCUCAAAAAAAAUAGUUUCAUUAGCUAUAAUUUAAAUGUAAAGCCUAUUUAAAUGAAUUACUACUGUAAUAGUGUGUAAGUUCUUUUGUAAGCGACUUUUUUUCUAAGUUUUUCCUGAGAGCAAAACCCAGAAAGAAUGAAAAAUGAAUCGUAGUUGGCUAAAAAUUGCAUCAAUUUUUUGUCAAACAAAAAGUCAAUAAAAAAAAAAAACAAAAUAUAAUGCGAAAAUUAUAAA